AUGGGGAUGGCCUCUGAAGGCCAAAAGGACGUUGUAUGCCCUGAUUUGAUUUGGACGCUGAGCUCUGGGCGCUCGCCCGGGUUAGACAAGCUAGGCCCGCAGCAGGCCACCAAUUUCUUCGGGACCGGUUCAUCGUGUCUUACUACGAAGGCUAACCCGACGUGGAAUAUGUCGCCAGAGCUUACAUCGCGCUGCACCUGGAGAAUGGGCGCAACAAGAAAUCGAAGAUUUACGGAGAGGUUUGGGCUCGACAAGCCCACCUGCUGCACCUGCCCGCACGGCAUACCUGAAGGUCGCGGUAGAACUUGUGGCUCUGCAAGACAGCGAGAAAUAGAACUGGAAGCAGUCCAACUUUGCGCAGCGCUGGAGAGGAGGUGUCCUCAGUGGACCAUGGAUGGCGAGCGUAACCUGUGGAUGCUAAAACCCGCGGGUGCGUCGAGAGGCCAAGGUGUCCGGGUCGCAUGGACCCUGGAUCAGAUCCUCUACGCACAGAAAACGAUGGGAGGCAGGGUCGUCCAGAAGUACGUUGAAACGCCCUUGCUACUGCCUCGUCCUUCGCAACAAACAAAAACGCCCGCGGGCUCUCGACACACCUACCUCCGCAGCAGUAGAGACAUUCCUCGAGCGGGCAAUCUUGGAGGUUGCGCGAGAGAACGGCGGUUGGGGGAGGAGAGCGACAAAGGGAUGAUCAAGGCUGACGGGGUCGAAGUAGUCGGUAGGGGCCAAAUGGAAAUCGUGGCUUCCUUGGAGGCAGUCGAUACCGAACCACCUGCUUUCAGUGGCAACACAACCUCGCCACCACGCAGUCCCGAAGGACAGGGAGAUGACACGAGCUACCACUCAAGAGGUCCUACAAAGAAGGUCGAUACCAACUCGGGAGCCUUUGCAGAUGCGCGGAAGUUCGACAUUCGGACAUGGGUUCUGGUCACAGGGUGGAGUCCUCUGGAAGCGUUCGUGUUCGACGAAUGCUACCUGCGUGUGUGCCCUCAGAGCUUUACGCUAGUCGAGUCGAGGCUUGGUGAUCAAGGUGUUCACCUCACCAAUCUCUCUGUGCGGAGGCCAGUCAAGACCUACGGCAGGCGACGGGGGCAAGGGCACACGCGACGGCCGUGCUCAGCAUCGACAACAGGCCUUCGUGCGGUAAGCCACGAGGGUGGUGGUGCCCUCGCCCAUCUCUCGGAAGACGUGCCGACCCAGGGACCCGCGGGGCAACGACAAGAUCCGCGGUCCAGGGAUGCGUGGGAUGCAGGAGAAGGCGUUGUGGGGACCCAGGCGGAACUCAUCCAAACGCUUGGCGGGUUGAUCGGAGAGGGGCAUGUCAAGAAGUCGACGCGGAGCAGGGAGGAAGAUGUACGAACGAGAGGGGAGCGACUGUGGAGAAACAAGGUUUCGCCGUCGAUAGACAGGGUCAUCGGAAGCACUCUCCUUGCUGCUCAGCCUUACAUGAGGCCAAGGGCCUCAUCUUUCCAACUUUACGGUUUUGACCUUCACCUGGACUGCGACUUGAACCCAUGGCUCCUCGAGGUAAACCUUUCGCCGGCGCUGAGCCAUACUUGCAAACGACAGAGCGCCAUCAUCCGUUCCAUGUGCGAGGGGUUAUUGAGUCUUACGGUGGACCGUAUGUUCCCGGCGCUGCAACCGUCCUCGUCGUGCGGUGGUGUUGAUCGCGAAAGCAACGAAUCCGACAGCCUGAAGCAAGCGGAAGAGCAGCAUUGCUCGAGAAAAUGGAGGUCAAUAUGUCCCUCGACCGUAGGGCGCCAGUCUGCCGUUGACGUGGGUCAAAGCAUAGGACACCCAAGCGCUGAAGUACUGUCGUUGCGAGGCCAGCACCUCACGAAGAAAGGCCUGGCUCGGGCAGAGCGCGGUGUGCGAGAAGCCACAGCCGCGAACGUUCUGAGAGCGUGGUGGUUAUCAAGAGCUGAUGAGUGUCGGGAGAGACGAUCAAGAAAAUCGCAUGCAGUCGCCGAGAUUAGCCCGUGGAUAAUCAGGCUGAUAGCUCGCCGCAGGCGGAGAGCGCUACAGGCCAAGAAUGAACGAUCGGCGCAGGUUAUCCAGGCGGGGUGGAGGCGAGCAAGUGCAAGAAUGUUUGAGACCCGGAGCCACAUCGCCCGCGUUGCAGCCUGUGUUGUUCUGCAGACGAUGUGGAGGCAUCGAAAGCUCGAGCGCUGCUACCGUUCCCGACAAACUCGUUGCAAGGUGUCUUCAGGCCUUCGCAGGUGGGCCGGCAGUUUUCUCGCUCGGAGACGAAAGAGGGCCGUCGAGAUUGUUCGCCGUACGGUCUUCGAUGCGGCUAUGCGACAGAAACAACAUCAGCGACACGCCGCUGCGGUCAUCGCGCGAGGGGUUGGGGCAGCCUGCAAACGACGACGACGCAGUCGUAUCGUACUACAGCGGUUCGCCAGGAUGCCGUGCUUGCUGCAAGCGAAGACAACUGUUACAUACUUCGACAUCCGUAAUUCAGCGGGGAUGGCGGCGCGCACGUCAGCAAAAGAUGGCACGGACUAA